AUGUCCACUAUCAUCAUCACCCAUAGCUGGAGCGAAGUAGGCACCCCGGCGAGCGGUAGCCAGUGGUACACCUCACAUUCCGCCCCUAACGGAUCUGUUAGCAGUCCAAGCGUGAGCAACGUCAGCAUCAAUAACAACCUGGUGCCGGAGCGGCCGCCGCGCGCCGAGGUGGAGCGCGAUCGGCGCCAGUCGCAGCGCGCCAGCCUGCUGGCCGGCAGCUGUUCCGCGCCGCCCUCCAACCGCGACUCCAUGGGUACCACGGACUCGAGAGAAGACGACGAAGAGCCCCCACCGCUACCCCAGAAAUCAUCUCAUCGCAGUCUCGACAUCGACUCUGAAAACAACAACGACACACUCCUCCCACCACGGCACAACUACGACACGGUCUUGUCGCCGCGAGGUUCGUUUUUGUACGCUUCUUUGUCCCAAAGACGGUAUACAACGCCGCCGGCUGAAAAACCGCCCACACCCCCGCCUAAGAAGAAAAACAGUUAUAAUUAAAGUUAACAAAAAAAUAUUUAAAAUUAGUUACAAUUCUUUAGAUUCGCCGUUAUCGGAUAUUAAUAAAAAGAACACAAAGAUAUAAACAGAGAUCGGAUAUUUACCUAAUCGUCAAGGAGCUAAUACACAUAGAGAUACUAAUACCACCCUCUUAAAUCUCAGAAUUAUUAUAUUGUAUUUUGUUCUAUAUUUUUGACAUAUAAAACAAAAGUUUUGUAACUUAUUAACUGUUUAGAUGUGGGAGGUAUUAUCUACUCUUAAGUGUAUCAAAGUUUAGGUAAAUACGCUCUUGCCUUUUUCAGUCUCCGAUUAUAACCACACGGAAAUACAAAGUGUUUUUUUUAUAUAUAUUGAAGUAGAAAACGGAAGUUGUACAUAAAUAGCUUGGACAGAAAAAUUAGAGUAAAUAUAAUUAAAAGACAAAUAGAAAAAGAGUAAUUUUUGUUUUUCAACUAAAAUAUCAAAAUUCAUCCUGUUAUGGUACUCAUACCAAUAACACUGACAAAAUACUCUCAAAAGCUAAUACUCAUAUCAAUAAAUUUCACUGUCGUAGUGAGGGUGCUGUAAACAUUAUUGUUACUUUAGCGUGCAAAAAAUAAUGAUCAUCUCAGUUUUCGUUAUUUCUUAAAUUUGACAAGUUAAUGCUGGUGUCUGUACCUGUAAACCCAACCAACUAAAUUCAAUAUAAGUUCACUGAAUCUUCUGUUACCAUCGGACAGAAAACCUCGUUUUGGUUAUUUGUAUAUUACUCCAUUAUUUUAAAUAACAUUUACAACGAGUAGACACACUUCUGUUUUGAUAUUAAUAACAAAAGAGAGCACUGAGCUUAAAUUUAGUUUGAGUUUACCCAAAUAGACGCCAUUGCAUUCUAUAAUGCUUAGAAAUAACCUAAUUUUGCAUAAUUAUUUUAUUAUGUAGCCAUAUAAAUACACCCACCAUAUUGAAUUAGUACUUAUAUUAAUGUUACCAGUUACAUUUAUUUAGUAUUGUUUUAUAAUUUUAUAAAAAAAUAACAACGAGCACACGAGUUCACCCUUCAUUGUGUGUACUGUGGAUCACAGCUAGAGUUAUACGUAGCGUCAAAAUUCUUUCUUGAAAAUAUCUUACGUCACAUGUUCGAAUAAGCAGUUUCAAAUUGAUAGUUUGUAUAAUUCCAUAUGCGUCUGAGUGUACGUAAGAGAUAUUUACGAAUAAUAAUAAGAGAUAAAGAGAACAAGGUGAGAGUACAUACCCAAAGUCUGACAAGUUAAUAUUGAAUCCAGGACAUGCGGAAGUUUAAAGAACUAAUUUAUUAUAUUAUAAACAUGAACAUAAAUGUCGAAUGUGAAUAUGAGCGCCAAAAUUUGAAGGUUCAAUAGUAACUUGUUAGACGUAACAUAUUCCUUAAUUAAGUAAUAUUUAAAACAGUGUAUUUGGGCAUAUUUUAUUUGACAUAUCACUGAUAAGAACUGUCACAAUAAGUGACAAAA